AUGUCCAAGUCGCACGGAAAAUGGGACACAACACAUCCUCGUGCCCGUCUCCUCGACGCCCUGCACGGCUACGUCCGAUACCGCGAGCGCCAAACGGCCGAGCUUGACAAAUGGCGUCGCAUGUACAAGAACACCUCCUCGUCGCAAAAGAAGGUCCUCGAGCAUGCGGUUGGCUACACGAAGAAGAUGGACACCGUCGCUUCGUUGAUUGAGCAGAACCACGUGUUGUGUCAGCAGAUUGUCGAUGGGGCUUUGGAGUUCUAUGGGGUCGAGAGGGACGAGAUGACGAGAUACAUCGAAGCCAAGGAGAAGGAGAACAAGGCGGCUGAGAGGGUGAGCGUGAGCCAGGCAUUGAAGCACUACGUCAGAGACUGGACGGUGAGCGGCCUGCGCGAGAGGGAUGCUGCGUUCCCCUGCAUUAUUCAGUCGUUGGAGCAGUACUUCCCUGAUCGUUCACAGGGCGACGUCAGGGUGUUGCUUCCCGGUGCUGGUGUUGGUCGUCUGGGUCAUGAAGUCGCCGCACUUGGUGGCUUUGAGGUCACGACCAACGAGUGGUCCAUGUACAUGAACCUCGCGUACCGUUUCCUCGAGAAGCAUCCUCGUGUGGGCUCAAACAAUGUCCAUCCUUUCAUUGACGGCUGGUCGCAUCACGCUUCCACCGCCGACAUGUUCCGCGGCGUCGCCUUCCCGGAUAGGCCUGUCAACACCUCCGCCGUAGUGCUGGUCGAAGGUGACUUCACAACUGUGUUCAAGGGGCAGAAUGGCCAUUUCGAUGCACUCGUCACCCAUUUCUUCAUCGACACGGCGCGCAACCUGAUGUCUUACUUUGAGACGAUCCAUGGGCUGCUCAGGAAAGGUGGCAUUUGGGUCAACCUUGGGCCGCUCCUAUACGGCACAGGACCGUAUGUGCAGCUGAGCCUUGACGAAAUUAUCGCUGUCGUGAAUGCCAUGGGAUUCGAGUUUGUCGACGCGCCGGAAUCAUGCGGCGAGCUGACAUUCGCUGAUGAGAAGGUGCGCGGUCGAGAAGCCGUGUACGGCUUUAAUGAGAGGGCGUUAGUGAAGAACGCAUACAACGCGCAGUCAUGGGUGAUGCGGAAGAAGUAA